CGUGUGCACACGUGCAUGUUUUUACUGUUUGUGUGUGUAUCCCACGUCGCAUGUUUUCCUCCUCUCUAUAGUCUGUUUUCAAGGCUGUGAUGUGGAUCUAGCUUUGUUGUGCUACUGGUUUCUUAGCUGUUGCUGCUGCUACAAUGUGAACACAUAAUAGCACAUUGAUUUCUUAUUGCAUAAGCAGUCAAUUCAUUUUGUGCUUUCAUCAUUGAUCGAACAUUUUUUAUGCGGCCCCCAGUUCACUUUUGAACUCAUUGCUAAGUGUUUUUGCCAGCUACAUUGCAAAUGAGACGGUAAAUGUUUUGAAUGUCAGGUGUAUUGUAUUGAUUCAUUGCGAAUCWGUUUUUUCCCCCCGUGGGGUUUUGCUUUUGGCUUUGGUACAUUGUCUGUGUUCAAUUGUGUCUCUGUAUUAUUUGCAUUCAGUUUCAUGUUGCUGUCAUUUCAUCUGACGUCAAUGUAAACCAGCAAUAAUGUAGGAAGUACUAGAUACAAGACYGUUUUCCAAUGAUCUCUAUUCUACAUYUCUGACACUGAGUUAUACUCACUGAGUUAUAUUCACCUUCAUUGAUUGAACAUUUCUACAUUUUCAUCCUUUAAUAAGAUCUUCCUAAACAUUUACUCGUCUUAGUUUGUAGUUAGAAUCAAUAUCAUAAAAUGUGAUUUGUAUAUAGUCGAUAUGAAACAUGYUACAUGCAUUGUAUCCUCUAUUCAUUCAGCACAUAGGCUAUCCUCGCACAAGGCAGCACAGUAAUUCAAGUUUACUUAAAGUGCCAAUAUCUUCUUGAAUAUUUCAGAUUCAUUCUMAAUAUCCUAUGUCAUUCAAAUCRUGCUCUYCAUUCAGUCAUUCUGUUCCUGCACACCRUCCCAGUGUCAUGGAACUGAACUGUGCUGCAAUCAUGCUCCCAGUGGCCAGAGAUAGUAUUGCUGUGUGCCCUACAUUGUGCUUGRUGGACAGCUAUCCAUAUGAAGAGGGCUUGUCUGUGCUGGCUGUAGCAUGUGKACACUGCAAAGAAAGAAAGAGCGCUGAGCUAGUGUAACUCAUCAGCAGCACAGACCGCUGCAGAUUUACUUCCAGACCUGCCGGUGAACCCAGAGAAGCCUCGUUCCGACAAUCCUGCCAUGGCMGAGGAGCAUCCACAGGGGGCUCCCCCUCCGCAGAGCCCGGUGGCCCCCAGCACAGAGAGAGAAACACCUGAGGGAGCAGAGAGCACUGUGUCCAUCRCUGACUCCUCCACUGGUUCCCCCCAAAACAAAUCUCUAACAGAUCCUACCCCCACAGAACCCGAGAAGACKGUUCAGCCUUUAGUGGAACCAGAAAAGGGGCAAGGGACUGGAAGUACCACUAGUGUGGUUCCUGAGAUAAAAUACCUUCCGGAGCCCAAAACCACGGCUGAGAAACAGCCCUCGGUUGAAGAGCUCGACUCAGUUCCUCUUUCAGUUGGAUAUGAGCCCCUGAAAGAUUACAUUGAGGAAGAGGAGGAAAAUGAUGAUUAUGUUACACCCAGUAAGUCAGCAAACCUUGAGAGCGUUCGUGAGGAGAAAGAGAUAAAACCAGAGAAAACUGAGAAAAGAAUGCUGAGUCUAGGACAAUCGACCGCCAGGCCAUUGUCAUUUGAGACUGAGAAGAUUGAAGAGACUCCUCAAAGUAAUGUCAGUGACGGAGAAAACCCAAAGCAGGAGGCACACAUAUCUGCUGCAGACAGUCUAAAAGACAAGCAGAGUUCGGAAGAUAAGUCUGGAGUUGCUUCAAAAGAUGAGUCCGGUAUGACGGCCUACUUUGAGACCUCUACACAAAGGGAUACUGAAAAACCAGGAGAACGUGGUGAGGGUUACUAUGAGCUCAGUGCUGUCAGCCAGAAGAAGCCCUCAGAGGAGGUUCUGGGGGCCGAUUCAAACAUUAAAAUAAGUCAUUCAGCACCAGAACAGACAAAAUCCAGCAUAACGUUGAUGAGUGACAGUGCCAUKGACAAGCUAGAGGAUCUCCCUAAGAGGAAGGAUGUGUGUACUAGGCUGUCACCUGGCAAAUUGUCAUUGGAGCACAGAAGUCUUUCCCUGAAUUUUGCUAUUGGCUCAAUGGGUCAAGCAGGAGAGCAAAACCAGUCGAAGCUCUCAUCUCUUACAGAGGUCUCUUCCGGAAGCCUGGAUGAAACCACAGGCUACCUUCCUGUAACCACCCCAUUAGUAACAUUAGAGAGACAGUUACUUCCUGUGACUCCAGAGAUAGCUCUCCCAGUCCCUACCACUGAAACCUCCACUGAUMUACCUGAAGACACCACCUCUAAGACAAUGUGUUCUCCAGAGUUGUCACUCUCACCCAUGAAGCAACACUACACCCAUUUGAACGACCCAUCCAACGACCUUCCUGAGAUGCURGACCUAGCCGGUGUUAAGCCCAAACCCACCCUGGAGAAGAGGGAGCUGGACCAGCAUAAUAGAAGGAGGUCUGUCCCUGCCUGUCCAUCUGCUGCUCUGGUGGGCAGUUCUCUGGCCAAGCUGGUGCUGGGGAACCAGCAGACGCCCAGGGUGGUGGGUGGAGAGGAGAGCCAGCAGGAGGAGCGUGGUUACUGCGUGUUUAGUGAGUACUCUGGUCCCAUGCCCUCGCCUGCCGAUCUGCACAGCCCAGUGGGCUCCCCACACCAACGGUUCCCCACAGUGACUGAAGGGGACAGUGACGAGGAACUGGGAGCCAUUGCGGAAGAGGGCGAGCAAAAGCUGGCACCGCAAAAAACAAACCAGGCAGAGGAAUCGGUUGGAGGAACGGUUAURSCAACUUUGGUGCUUGAAAGAGCUGUCACGGCAGGUGUCAAACCGGAUCGUCUGAGGAUCCCUGUGGCUCCAUCCAAAGACAAAUUGACAGAGUUCCGGCUGGAGAGCGGUCUUCCUGGGGACAUCAAAACCCAAGCCAUUCCUGAGGUAGAGUUGGAGCAGGACCUCUCCAGAGAAGCGUCCCCCAUCCCACCAGACUUCGCAUUUACUUUUGCCACUGAGGUGAAGGACGCCAAGCUUUUUGCGACCCCUGAGUCUCCAGCAAAAAAGGCUGCCACUGUGGAGGGAACCAAAGUUGAGGAAGCCACAGCAGAAGUCAAAGUAGAGGUGAUGUCAGCAAGGAUUGGGAAGAGUCAGAAGACUGGUCUUAAAAAGCCAGAGAUGGAGAAAGUGGAGGAGAACUCAGACCCAGAMCAUCAGAAUGCUGUUGAAGACUUACAGCCAAAGGAUGUUCGAGGCCUGGAGAGAGAAAAGAAAAAAGAACCCAUGACAUCAUCACCAGAAUCAUUAGUGGAGAUCAUCAAUGCGCAGGAGAAGAAGCGUGAAAGUGAACCAGAGGUGUCAACAGUACCAGCGGAGGCUGUCGUYCCAAAAGAAGAGGCCAAGACCAAAGCUGAAGAAACAUYACCAACACCCUCUAACGUGAGCACUGCAGAUKUGGAGGAAGCCACAGAGCAACUAGAAGAGAAAAGUCCAGAGAAAAGUGUUUCUGGAAGUUCUCCAGUUAUAGUCAUACCUCAGGCACAAGUUGAGGAAGAGGAGGAGGAAGAYGAUAUAGAAGUAGCUGAGGAAGUCUUGGAGGAAGUUGAAGGCCCUCCUGUGCUCCUCAAGGAGAAAGAGCAAGAGAGUCACCCUGUGGAGAAGCAGGAGGAGGUGGCAGAAGAGGUGAGGGUGGUGGGUGGGGCGGAGGAGGUGAUUGUUGAAAAUCCCMAAAAUUUGGAGUCUGCUGUUGCUGGGGAUGACGAAUCAURURAUGCUACUGCCCCAACCAUUGAUGAAGGGGAUUAUGCCGAUCGCAUCUCUCAUCUAUCUGCCUGCUCUGAAAACGACCAGCCACAAACCCUCGAUGGAAAGGAGGCAGAGAAAGAGGAGAAUAAAGUGGAGGAUAAAGAAGGGGUGGUGCUGCAGGAGGAGGAGGAGUCCGCUGAAGUGGGGCAGGAAGUUGAGAUGAAGGCUUCCAGUCGCGAGGAGACGGAGACCUCAGACGUCCUGCAGAGCCAGACCAACGAGACCACCGCUCACGACGAGACCACCAUGGACAUCUCCAUGUUAGACAGCGAGAGUGGCUGGGUGGACUCACAAGAUGAUGACAGAAGCGUAAUGACAGAGCAGAUUGAAGCUCUGCCCAAAACACAGAGUCCUGUCAAGACUCCCCUGGUAGAGAGACCCUCUAAUAAACGUCCCCCYGGCAGAGGACAGGGRCGYGUCUCCACCCCCGAGCGCAAACUCAACCGCAGAGAGCCCCUCAGUCGUCGUCCAAAGGAGGAAGAGAAGAAGAAAAAAGCGGGGACGAAGAGAACUGAACAGUGUAAGGUAUCAGUCCUCCAGUGUCGCUCUCCCACUCGGAGGAUUGUAGUCAAAGCUGCUACGUUCAGACAAGCUAGACCUGCUUCGUACCACGGCUCUGCUAGACGCAAGCCACCAGGUGACCUACCUAYCGUCCUCACAGCAGGGAAACCCAUGCAAUGUAGCUGGCCAAAAACAUCAUGUGCACUGCAGACCCAUCGCYAGAUGUCUCUCUGUUGUUAGUUUUUUUUCUCCCAUUUUAUUCCUGUAUUGGUCAUUAUUUUGAUGUUUUGUUUUUGAGAAUCAUGAGAUCAUGUUGCAUUAUGCUCAUCCAAGCUGUAAGCUCCGUGUUUGGGGAGUGGUUGUGCUUUGUGAGGACAAUGUGCUACUAUGGUUGUGUUUUGUGAGAACCAUGUGCCACUAUCCCAGCUAGCACAUAACGUUCAGAGAACCGUAUGUUUCUUAGAGCUUGGUGAGA